AGAUGGUAGAGGAAUUCCAUGUACAAGUCGAAAAACUGGUGCUUAUCUAUUUGAUUGUAGUUAUACACCACAAAGACCAGGUACACAUCAAGUGAAUGUUCGAUAUGGUGGAGAUCAUAUUAUGCUUAGUCCAUUCACAGUGGAAGUUGCUCCUUACAAAGAAUCACGUAUCAGAACAUUUGGUCCAGGUCUUGUCGGUGGUGUAGUCAAUAAACCAGCUGUUUUUGUUGUGGAAACAAACGGUGAAACUGGUGCUCUGGGCUUUUCCAUUGAAGGUCCAAGUGAAGCAAGAAUCGAUUGUACCGAUAAUGGAGAUGGAUCAGCUACAGUAGCUUAUUGGCCAACAGCACCUGGCGAGUAUGCAGUUCAUAUUUUAUGCAAUGAUGAAAAUAUACCGAAAUCACCGUUUAUGGUCCCGAUUGAACCAGAUAUGGGUAAAUGUGAUCCAGAAAGAGUUAAAGCACAUGGACCAGGUAUAAUGCCAACUGGAAAUGUUGCUGGUCAACCAACUGAAUUUACAGUGGAUAUUAGAGAUGCUGGUGGUCCAGCACCACUCACGGUGGAAUGUAGAGACAAUGAAGGUGAACCAGUAGCGCUGAAAGUUCGUGAUAAUGGUGAUGGUACUUACACGUGUAGUUAUACACCGAAAGUUCCUAAAAAACAUACAGUUCUUGUUUCGUAUGGGGCAGUCAAUAUCCCGAGAAGUCCUUUCAGAGUUGAAGUAGCUGAACCUAGUAAUCCAGGAAAAGUACGCGUUUUUGGUCCAGGUGUAGAAAAUGUUACAAGAGGUCAACCAACUUAUUUCACAGUUGACUGUAAACAAGCUGGACAUGGCAAUGUUGGCAUUAGUGUAACAGAUGAAGCUGGACGUGAUGUAGCAAUGGAUACACAAGAUAUGCGUGAUGGAACAUUUAAAGUUGCUUAUACAGCUAAUACACCUGGCCCGUAUUAUACUGUACAAGUAUUUUUCAAUAAUCAAGAAGUACCACGUAGUCCAUUUAAAGUACCAGUGAAACCAAAUAUAGAUAUGUCAAAAAUUCAUGUUGAAAAUCUGGAACCAAAUAUCACUACUGGUGUGCCGACUGAGUUUGAUGUCAUAACUGCCGGUGCUGGUCCACCAAAUAAUAGUAAACCAAAACCAACUGUAACAGUGAAAUCUCCAAACGGUAUGCGUGUACCAUGUACUUUAGCUGAAAGUGUUGAUGGAUAUACACCUUCAUUUACACCAACUGUUGUUGGACCACAUACUGUUGCUGUAGAAGUUGGAGGUGUACCAGUUAAAGGUAGUCCAUUUCGUACAAAUGCUAUUCCACCGGCUACAUUACAAGAACCUAUUUAUCCAAAAGAUUUUGCACGUCAACAAGCUAGUUCAGCACCAAUGUCUGGACCUGAAGCAGCCGGUUUAGUUCGUGCAUAUGGUGAUGGACUUUAUCGUGCAACAGCCGGGAAACAAGCGAAAUUUACCAUUGACAGUCAAGAUGCUCCACCUGCUCCACUGAGUGUAACAAUUGAAGGACCUGCUGAAGCUAAAAUCAAUUACAAUGACAACGGAGAUGGAACAUGUGGUGUAGAUUAUUUACCAACUGAACCUGGACCAUAUGUUGUCAAUGUUUUAUAUAAAGAUACACAUAUUAAAGGAAGUCCAUUCCCUGUUAGAGUAGCUCCACUCGGUAGAGAACACAUUGAUAUAUCUCGAGUUCAUGCCUACGGUCCUGGAUUACAACCUACUGGUGUUUUCAAAGAAUCAUUUGCUAAAUUCACAGUUGAUGCUAAAACAGUUGAUCCACAAGGUAGAGGUAUAGUCAAAGCGAUUGUUGUUAGUCCGAAUAAAACAAAGAACAGCAUGUUUAAUACAAAACAAUGGUGAUGGAACUUAUAAAUGUAGUUAUUCACCAAUAGAUGAUGGCUUACAUCACGUUGAAGUUACUUAUGAUGGAGCUCCGGUACCUGGUAGUCCAUUCCCAGUUAAUGUUGCUCCUGGAUGUGAUCCAACAAGAGUGAGAGCUUACGGUCCAGGUUUAGAAGGUGGACUUACUCAUGAAAUGCAAAGAUUCACAGUUGACUUAGAUGGUGCAGGUCAAGGUGCUCUUGGAUUAGCUUUAGAAGGUCCUGCUGACGCUCAAAUACAAUGUCAAGAUAAUAAGGAUGGAACAUGUACAGUGGACUACUUACCAACACGGGCAGGAACAUAUGACAUUUUUGUUAAAUUUAAUGACAGGAAUAUUCCAGGUAGUCCAUUUCAAGUUCCAAUACGAGAU